AGAUAAGAACCACGUUUCAAGAUGCAACACCAAAAGGAUACAGGGCUUAUGAAUAAUCUCCUUUUGACUUGUGGUGCAAUAUUGUGCAUUGCUGCUGCACAUGACCAUGUUUUACCCUGUGCUUUCCAAAAGGUAGUGGUAGGGCUGCUGUAGAUCAGUGUGAGAUCAGUUCUCUCUUGUCUUAAAUGUGAAAUCCUAAAAGGCCAUGAGUAACUUGCUGCCUGCUUCGUAGUGUGAGACCAGCAGAGAAGCUCAGCACUAACUGUUGGCAUCUCUUGAUGUCUAGAAUGAAACCAGACCUGUGCAGAUGAUGUUCAAGGAGGCCAAUUUUAACAUGACCUACAUUGGGGACUUGCAGACCAAAAUCCUUGAGCUCCCCUAUGUGGGUAAUGAACUGAGCAUGAUCAUCCUGCUCCCUGAUGCAAUCCAGGAUGGAUCCACAGGCCUGGAAAGACUUGAAAGGGAAAUUACAUAUGAGAAGCUGAUGGAUUGGAUCAGUCCAAAAAUGAUGAGGUCUACAAAACUGAGGGUGUCUUUACCCAGAUUUAAACUGGAAGAAAAUUAUGAUCUGAAACCACUUCUGAGCAGCAUGGGAAUGCCUGAUGCAUUUGAGAUGGGCAAGGCAGACUUCUCAGGAAUCUCACCUGGUAAUGAUCUGGUGCUCUCUGAAGUGGUUCACAAAUCCUUUGUGGAAGUCAAUGAAGAAGGCACUGAAGCAGCUGCUGCCACAGCUGUGCUAAUGUUUACAAUUUCUGAAGUAAUGUUCACUGAAGAAUUCAAAGCUGAUCAUCCCUUUCUCUUCUUUAUCCGGCACAACAAAACUUCCAGCAUUUUGUUCUGUGGCAGAUUUUGUUGUCCCUAAGGAGGAGAUGUCUUGGCUGCAUAGGUGCCAUGAGACAAAUUAUAUAGACUUAUAUAUCCCUAGAACAAGUUGACUCCUUUUGCACUCAUUGUCUCUUUCAGCUGGGCCUGCACCCUCUUCUGUGAUCUUGAUCUUGGGCUUGGCAGGAAUAAGGGAGCUGCUUAGAGAAACAGAGCACCUGCCAAGUCCAACCCCUCCUGUGCCUGUGUGCAGAGGUCUCCAGGUUCUGGCUGACACAAGAACCAUCCCACUUGCUCUUGCAACACUUCUUCUGUGCUUGACUUCACUUUUGGUGUCCAGCAGGCAGAGUCAGGCACUGAGAGCCCAUGGGAGUGAAGAAGUUACUUUUGCUUGUGACAAGGCUGGAGCACUUUUGUAGCUACCCUCCCCUUUUACCUUCCAGUCUCACCCACUGAGUGCCUUGAUUCAUUGCCUGGAGCUGAAAGGAGUUUUUGGCAGCCUGUUCCAGGUAUUGCUGAGCUUCUUGUGUAGAUGUGGAGUUUUGGCUAGCAACUGGACCAGGUCUUAGUAAAGAGCAAUCUUGCAGCAGAUGUCCUUAGAGGGUGUUUAUGGUCAGAACCAUCACCACAGGAGUUCUUGAGUUUUUUACUGUUCACCUGGUUUUAGUCCUUUAACAAGAAUGUAGUCUAACUGUGGAAGAUGAGAGACAAAACUGAAACAGCUUUCCUGACAUGGGGAUGUUUCUUGCACUUUCUGUUUUUGAAAUACUGAAAUAACUCCAAGUGCUGUAGAAGUGUGUUUCUUUUUGCUGCUAUUAUUAGUGUAUUUUUUCAGUUUUCUGAAAAUUGUUUCCUGUAAUACUCACUUCUAUGUAGCUGGUUUGGAGUUUUUUGCUAAAACACAAGAUUUUGCUGGAUAGUGAAACCCAAGGUGCUUACUUGGCUCGCCAUGAAUUAGUGGUUGGCCUUGAAAGGAUUUCAAGGUAUUUCAGAGGAUAACAAGGGGGUCCCUAGAUAUUUUUUUUUUCUGGCCAG